AUUAGCUAAUACCAGGGAAAGAUCCAAAACCUAGAACAACAUAGGUGUUCCUCCCACCAGAUCCUCGCCGUUCAUCGCGUUGGGUCUCCACACGCCCCCAAAUUCCCACUGUCACACCACCCACUCCAUACUUGUCACUCUCUCUUCUCUCGAAUCGUCAUUCCUCCAAUCUCCCAGAAUCCAUCACCAGAACACGAUGUCUUGGGUCCUCCGAUCUACGAAGUCUAAGUUGCUCUCUUCUUCCUCUUCUUCACUUUCCAGAACCUUCCCUUCCUUUUCUCGCACCGCUCAUCAACUCCCUCACAAUCAGAUCGGAGCUCUCUCUCCUCUCACCGAUCUCUUCCACCGCAACACCGCCUCCACACCUCUCGCUAAGGAAAACGCUUUUGGCGGAAACGUGACUGGUCUUCCCAAAGUUCCUGCGAAUAAGCUUGGCUGUGAUUCUAAUGCGAUCGAUUCAUUGAUGUAUAAAGCUUCUGGACUGUACACCACUGUGCUGGCUGGAGCUAGAUAUGGCACUAGAGGUUCUGCUGCUCAGAGUCCAAUGCUUAUGGGAGUCAAUACUGUGAUGGCUAGAAGUUUUGAGAGAAGUAUGGAAGCUGGCACGUUUGGAAUGAUUGGUCAUAAACGUUGCAUGAGUGACGUCCCAAGUAAAACCAGUGAGACAAACCCAUCUGGUUUUCGUCCAUUAUCUCCUCAUCUCCCUCUUUAUCAGCCUCAACUCUCUUCAACUCUCUCAAUUUUUAAUAGAAUUGCUGGAGCUUUCUUAGCCGCUGUCAUUUUACUUUUUUAUAUGAUAUAUAUAAAAAUGGGUUCGGUUAGCCUCACCUAUGACUCUUUCUACCAGUUCAUAUUUUAUUCAUCAAAACUACACCUAUUUGUCAUGGAGAUUUCUGCGUUAGCCGUGACCUACCAUCUGUAUAGUGCAAUUCGUCAUUUACGCAUAUGAUUUGAGUCAACAACUGACACCCGAACUGUACGUUUGAACCUUAGUGUAUAAUGUCGUCUUUUCAGGUGGUGGAACUUUGCUUACUCGACCUUGGAGGCAUACUUCCAUAUGUCAAUCUUAAAGAACUUAAGAAAUGUGAAUUUGAAUUCUUGCAGUUAUUUCUUUUCGACUUAAUAAUCACAAUUCUCGAUGUUUAGUGCUGAGCAGUACUGCAUUUAUUUCGGUCAUGGUUUUUUGCAGUCUUCUUAACUUGCGUGUAAGUAACUAAUGCAUUUAAUAAAUGCUAUCUUUUGGGGAAUUGAAAUAAAUUUUCUUACA